AAAGAGUGAAAACACUAGUAACAUACAAGACUUUGCAUACUCAAAUUUCCCCUUUCUCUCUCUAGUUUCCUUGCCGCCGACCACCCAAAAUCCCCCAUUUUCACCUUUUUCCGAUCCGGAGUUUCGACUUACUUCUCUUAUUGUUGUAAUACAAGUGAAGAUUUGAGUAUUGUAGGUGAAUCUUACCCGGGAACUCACUAAUUUGAGUGGCGUCUUUCCAUUUUAGCAAAUCCCAUUUGCAUUAAUUUGAAUUUAUUUUUUUAUUUUUUUCGCCGGUGAGUGAUUUCUUGCCAAUUUUGGUAUCUGGGUUUUGCUUAUCUACUUAGCUUUGAGCUGGUUUUGCUAAUUAGCUAGUCUGAACUUGUGUUCAGAAGAAUCAGAACUUUGUUCAGAGAUACUAGUUGGGUACAGAAAGCAAUAUUGAAUGGUAGAUUCGCAAAAAGAAGCGAGUAGAAAGUUUCUUAAGUAGAAAUGCUCUAGAUUUUUACAUUUUAGGCACUAGAUAAACCCUAGAAGAAUUCUAUUUCAUCCGCCAUGAAUGAUUGCGCGGGCUCUGGUGAAGUGAGUGUAUUGUCUUCUGGUGAGCAGGCAGCUCCUUGUAAAGAAGCAGCAAAGAAAAAACGGAAUCUCCCUGGAAUGCCAGAUCCUAAUGCGGAAGUGGUAGCUUUGUCACCGAAAACUCUAUUGGCAACGAACCGAUUUGUGUGUGAAAUUUGCAACAAAGGGUUUCAGAGAGACCAGAAUUUGCAGCUUCAUAGAAGAGGUCACAAUCUGCCUUGGAAGCUAAGGCAGAGAGCAAGCAAUGAGGUGAGGAAGAGAGUGUAUGUUUGCCCCGAACUUACGUGUGUUCACCAUGAUCCUUCACGGGCAUUAGGGGAUUUGACUGGGAUCAAGAAGCAUUUUUGUAGGAAACACGGUGAGAAGAAGUGGAAAUGUGAUAAGUGCUCAAAAAAGUAUGCAGUUCAGUCUGAUUUGAAGGCUCAUUUGAAGAUUUGUGGAACUAAAGAGUAUAAAUGUGAUUGUGGGACUAUGUUUUCAAGGAGGGAUAGCUUUAUCACACACAGGGCAUUUUGUGAUGUUUUAGCAAAAGAUACUGAGAAAGCACAGAAUGCAGUUACAACUCCUAUUGCUGAUGAGGACCAUAAAGUUCAAGUUGUUGUUUCAUCAACACCACAAACACCUCCUACGCCCCCACCAUCCUUGGAGCCGCCAGCCGUUCCUUCACCAGCUGCCCUGGAGCCUCUACCACCUCCUGUUUCUCCGUCAACUGCUGUAGUGUCUUCUGAUUCUCCCAUCCAGAAUCCAGAGAGUCCACACACAAAUUCCAAUGGAACUAUUACUAAACAGGAUAUAGAAGAAACAACAGCAAAAUCAAGCUUGUCUGGAAUCUGCAGUAGUAGCUCAUGCACCGGAUGUACCAACAGCAACUGUUUUACAAGCUUGACUGGAAUCUGCAGCAGCAGUUGGAGCUCAAGCAGUAAUGGAAGUACCAGCAGCAGCAGCAUUUUUCCAAGCUUGACUGGAAUCUGUGGCAGCACUAGGAGCUCGAGCAGUAAUGGAAGUACUGGCAGCAUCAGCGUUUUCCCAAGCUUGUCUGGAAUAUGUAGCAAUAGUAGGAGCUCAAGCAGUAAUGGAAGUACCCACAGCAGCAGCAUAUUUUCAAGUUCAACUGGAAUCUGUAGCAGCAGUAUAUUUCCAAGUUCAACUGGAAUCUGUAGCGGCAGCAGCAUAUUUUCAAGUUCAACUGGAAUCUGUAGCAGCAGUAUAUUUCCAAGUUCAACUGGAAUCUGUAGCGGCAGCAGCAUAUUUUCAAGUUCAACUGGAAUCUGUAGCAGCAGUAUAUUUCCAAGUUCAACUGGAAUCUGUAGCGGCAGCAGCAUAUUUUCAAGUUCAACUGGAAUCUGUAGCAGCAGUAUAUUUCCAAGUUCAACUGGAAUCUGUAGCGGCAGCAGCAUUUUUGCAAGUUCAACUGGAAUCUAUAGCAACAGCAGUAGCUCGAGCUGUAACAGAAGUACCAGCGGCAGCAGCAUUUUUACAAGCUUGACUGGAAUCUGUAGCAGCAGUAGUAACUCGAGCAGCAACAGAAGUGCCAGCAACAGCACUUUUGCAAGCUUAUUUGCUUCAUCAACAGCUUCAGGAAGUUUGCCGUCUCAAGCACCUCAAUUUACGGAUUGGUUUCAGUCCGUGGCUCCUGCACCACCACCUGAUAUAGAACCACCAUCAUCUAUGGAACCAAUAUCUCUCUGCCUUGCCAUGAAUCAUAGUUCAUCAGUCUUUGGACCAGCUGGGCAAGAGAGAAUUCAGUAUGCUGCAGCACCACAACCAUCCAUGUCUGCAACAGCAUUACUGCAGAAGGCUGCUCAGAUGGGUGCAACAGCGACAAACUCAUCAUUGUUGAGGGGUCUUGGGAUAUUAUCUUCUUCUUCAUCAUCUAGUGGGCAACACGAAUGGAAUGGGAGACAAAUUGACACUGAUGGUGCAACGUUGGCUGCAGGCCUUGGCCUUGGAUUGCCAUGUGAUGAUGGCUCUGGUCUAAAGGAACUGAUGUUGGGAACUCCCUCUGUUUUCGGUCCCAAACAUCCUACUCUUGACCUUCUUGGACUGGGGAUGGCAGCUGGUGGAGGCUCAACACCUGGAUUAUCCGCUCUAAUAACAUCAAUGGGCGGUAAUCUAGAUGUGGCUGCGGCAGCAGGACCGUUUGACAGUGGAGAAUUUUGUGGGAAGGAGUUUGGAAGAAGUUCAUGAUACCAAAUGUGAAGGACCAUGAAGCUUUAGUUGACAAUUUGGCAAAGCCCAUUAGUGUAGGGAGAAAACGUCUUUGUUGUUGUAAUAUAGAAGAAACUCCUACUCUCUGUAUAAACUUUUCUACUCUUUAAUUUAUUAUAAAGGAAGCAAUUAUAUUUAUUUAAUUGAAGUGUAAAAAG